AUGGGAGCUGCAGCAAGUACGCCCUCUGCCCCCGCCGCGGAGGCACCAGCAACUUGUCCCGUGGAUCAUAAAACCCGUGAGAUCUGGUUGCAACAAAAUAGCAACUCACCUCAUCCUACCUCCGAUGUCCCUGCCGAACAGGGACAACAUCGUCCUAAAUCACAACGACCCCUAUCAACAGACCGGGAAGUGAGCACUAUCCCUCGAGCUGGUGAUUUCAGCUCAGCAAGUGCUUGCCCUGAGGCCAACAAAGGUUCUUCAUCCCCAUACGCUGUGUCGCAUGGUAGCCCAUCCAAUGCCGAAUCCGAGACUGGCCGUGAUGAAACCACUGGAAAUUGGAUCUAUCCGUCGGAGAAACAGUUUUUCGAAGCCUUGAUGCGCAAGGGUAACACUCCUGGAUCGACUGCCUCGGCUUCAGAGCUUGCGACUUCCGUAGCCUCCAUUAUCCCCAUUCACAAUGCUGUCAAUGAACGUGCAUGGGAUCAAAUCCUCGAAUGGGAGAGAAAUGGCCCCUCAUCUGACCCCGGAGCAAGAAAUCAUCCGUUUGAUCGGCAUGACUGGGUUGUUGAGCGUUGUGGCGGUGAAAGAAUUGAAUACGUUAUCGAUUUCUACCAGGGCAAGCCGUCAGGAGGCAAUGGAACACCAUCAGGCCUGGCUGCCAAUGCCAAUGCCAACCCGGGAAAGCUCAGUUUCUUCCUCGACGUUCGGCCCAAACUGAACACUUAUGAAGGCUGGAGGCUGAGGUUUAACCGCUUCACCGGUCUAUGA